AUGCCCUCGUUUGCUGGACAACGCAUCAAUCAAAUUCCCGAUCGUCUCGACCUGGCCUGGCCACCAGACGAUCGCCACCCAACGGCAAACGAUUUGCACCGGGGCUCCAUCCCCAACCGGGAACUGGGUCAGGGGGAGGUGUGUGCGCGCCAGGGCAAUGAGACAACAGACCUCCUCUCAGCGACUGCGGCACUGAAACCUCGCACCAGCGGUCUCCACCAUGACAGUGCAAUGGUGCAAUGCCCCAAUCUUCUCCUCGCCGUGCGACGUGGGUGUUCGAGUCUGGAAUCCUUCGAUUCCUUGGCUUCUGUUGUAACCGAAUACCGAAAACUUUAA